CGACAAGGCCAGUGCUCUCUUUAAGGUUACACAAGAAAAGCUCUUUAAUCCAAGCCAUCAGUGUAAGAGAAUUGUUACAAAAUGUGGAGGUUAAAGAUCGGAGCUAAGGCAGCAGGUGAUCCUUACUUGAGCACAACCAACAACUACGUUGGAAAGCAGGUAUGGGAGUUUGAUCCGGAGGCAGGCUCUCCAGAGGAACUUGCUGAGGUCGAACAUGCUCGAAAAAACUUCUCUGCAAAUAGGUCACAAUAUAAAGCCAGCGCGGAUCUCCUUUGGCGUAUGCAGUUUCUUAGGGAGAAAAACUUCGAACAGAAGAUUCCGCGAGUAAUAAUAGAAAACGCCGAGAAAAUUACAUAUGAAGACGCGAACACGGCUUUGAAAAGAGGGAUACAUUAUAUGGCAGCUUUGCAGUCUGAUGAUGGACAUUGGCCAGCUGAAAACGCUGGUUGUAUGUUCUUCAACGCCCCUUUUGUCAUAUGCUUGUAUAUCACUGGCCAUCUCGAUAAAAUCUUUUCUCUAGAGCAUCGGAAAGAGAUGUUGCGUUACUUGUACAUCCAUCAGAACGAAGAUGGUGGGUGGGGAAUAGAUGUAGAGAGCCAUAGUUUUAUGUUUUGCACGGUCAUCAACUACAUCUGCCUAAGAAUCUUUGGAGUAGAUCCUGAUCAUGAUGGUAAGACAAGUGCCUGUGCGAGGGCUCGUAAAUGGAUCAUUGACCAUGGCGGCGCAACUGGUACACCAUUGUUCGGAAAAGCUUGGCUUUCGGUUCUUGGAGUGUAUGACUGGUCUGGUUGCAGACCCAUACUACCAGAGUUCUGGUUCUUACCUUCUUAUUUUCCUGUUAAUGGAGGCACUCUCUGGAUUUAUUUGCGGGAUACUUUCAUGGCGAUAUCCUAUUUAUUUGGUAAAAAAUUUGUAGCUACAACUACACCUCUCAUUCUACAGCUUCGUGAAGAGAUUUACCCUGAGGUUUAUAAUGAGAUUGAUUGGAGCAAAGCUCGCCAUUGCUGCGCCAAGGAAGAUCUAUAUUAUCCACAGAGUUUUAUACAAGAUUUAUUUUGGAAUAGUGUUCACAUAUUUUCCGAAAAAAUCGUAAAUCGAUGGCCUUUUAACAAGCUCAUACGAGCGAAAGCUGUCGAAAAGGCGAUGGAUCUCAUUCACUACCAUGAUGAAGCUACCAAAUAUGUUACCGGUGGAGCUGUGCCAAAGGCGUUUCAUAUGCUUGCUUGUUGGGUUGAAGAUCCAGAGAGUGAUUAUUUUAAAAAACAUCUUGCUCAAGUCCCUGGUUACAUUUGGAUUGCAGAGGAUGGCCUAAAAAUACAGACGUUUGGUAGCCAACUUUGGGAUACACCCUUCAUGCUACAAGUCAUGUUAGCUGCUGAUGUUGAUGAGGAAAUCAAAUCAACUCUCAUAAAAGGAUACUCUUUCUUGAAGAACUCUCAGUUUACAGAGGACCCUCCAGGUGACUUUGUCAAAAUGUUCAGAGAUAGAUCUAAAGGAGGGUGGGGUUUUUCAGACAAAGAUCAAGGAUGGUUUGUCUCAGAUUGUACUUCUGAGAGUUUAGAGUGUUGCCUAAUCUUUGAAACCAUGCCAACCGAGUUCAUUGGUGAGAAAAUGGAUGUGGAGAGGCUUUAUGAGGCCGUUGAUAUGCUUCUGUAUAUGCAGAGCAAAAAUGGAGGCAUAUCCAUAUGGGAGGUAGAGAGUGGGAAAAAAUGGCUUGAGUGGCUUAGUCCGAUAGAGUUCAUUGAAGACACAAUUCUAGAGCAUGAGUACUUAGAAUGCACCGGGUCAGCGGUAGUUGUAUUGGUACGGUUCUUGAAACAGCAUCCAGAGUACAGACAAAAAGAAGUACAAAGGUUUAUAACCAAAGGAGUUGAAUACAUUGAAAGCAAGCAAACACCGGAUGGCUCAUGGUUCGGAAACUGGGGAGUAUGCUUCAUUCCCGGGACCUUCUUCGCUAUUCGCGGUCUAGUAGCUGCUGGCAAGACUUACGAAAACUGUGAGGCAAUUCGUAGAGCGGUCCAAUUUAUUCUAAGGACACAAAAUGUUGAAGGUGGUUGGGGUGAGAGUUAUCUCUCUUGUCCAAAGAAGAUGUACAUACCUUUGGAAGGGAACAAAAGCAAUAUUGUGAAUACAGGACAAGCAUUGAUAAUUCUAAUACUGAGUGGUCAGAUGGAUCGCGACCCUUCACCAGUUCAUCGCGGUGCGAAAGUCUUGAUAAAUUCACAGAUGGAUAAUGGCGAUUUCCCACAAGAGGACAUAAGAGGAGUUUACAAGAAUAAUGUUCUGCUACAUUAUCCGACAUAUAGAAACAUUUACAGUCUUUGGGCACUCAUAUAUUACUCAAAGGCUCUACGAUUGCUUCACUAAACUCUGAUGAAGACUUCACAUCUGAAACUCAUGAGCACUCCUAGCUAUAUAUACUUCUCUUGUUGUUCCAUGUAGAAACAAUAAUACAAGUUAAAAAUCUGUAUAAAAAGAAAUUAUCAUUUUCUUGUUGUCUAAUAAAAUUCAUUAAAACA